CUACUUGCUAUAAAUAAAGUACAAGCAAAGCAAAGAUGGCGUACGAGUCUUUUGGUGUUACCCUCAUGAUGGCGUACGAGUCGUGGUUGGUGGAGAGGGCGAAGGAGGAGCUGGAGAUGCUGGAAUCGCAGCAUCCCACCCGCUUCCACCAUCUCAAGCUCGAGCUCAAAUCGCUCAUCUCCCAACCCAACUUCGGCGCUCAACUCUUCCCCCGUGCUGUCGAUGAUGACGCCUUCGGUCCUCCUCUGGCUUCUGCUGCUGUUCCCACACAAGCGUCAUCUACUCGAAAGAGGAAGACUGAGACCGAGCGGCGGAGCCUGCAUCAGAAGAACAAGGCACAGAAGUCGUCAUCGGCAUCAAGACAAACCGGUGGACGUGAUGGGAGCCGGAAGAAGAGCGACAGCAGCGUAGAGGCAGCCAUAAGGCGUGCUCAAGCUUGCCUCAGGAGGAUUCAACAGGUUAAGCAAAGCUUGCUUUUUGCUAGCUAAGGCCAGUAAAGGUGCAAUGAAAGGCCAGCCGGGUUUGUUCUUUUACGAUGUUUUGGAGUGUCAACACUCUUUGUAACGUUUUCCAUGGUUGAUGAAAGUGUAUAUAUAUAUAUAUAUAUAUAUAUAUAUAUAUAUAAGGGUUAAACAAUAAUUAUUUCAGCUUCACAAUCCACAUUGUUCGAAAGAAAGAAGACAAUCAAAUCAAACCCGAAUUGUUCA